CAUUGGUGGACUGCUAUCCUGGUUACCAACCAACACUGGGCACAUGAGAAAACACAGAAAAACUCGUUCAUUUCAAAGCUAAUGGCUAACAAAGCACUGUUUUACAGGGACAGUAACCUUGGGGUUCUCGUCUGUGUUCCCUCUGCAGAGGAAAUCCAACACAACACAGAUUUCAAUGGUAUUUUUCAAGACUCAUCGCCCCUCUCCACAGUUUGGUAGAGUGUUAUGUGAACAGCAUCUGCAGCCACACGAUGGAUAACGAGGAGAGUAAGACGUGCCAAGGAGAGAAGCUUGCCUCUGCUGUGGAUGACACUCUGGAUGAAUAUUUAAUCGCCCUCCAGCACAAAAACAGGAUCCUAAAGCGCCUUAAAAUCAAAGACCCCAGGGAGAUUGAGUUGGAACAGCUUGAACAAGGUUUUUCCAUUUAUCUUAACGGAGCCAAUGCUGAAGCCUGCAGGAAUCAGCCCAAGACCUCCAACCACAAGUCUGUCACCUCCCCAUCUGCUUGGAGGCCUGCACGUACAGCAGAUGUCUGUAGAAGCGCCCACCAGCUAACUGAAGAUAGCCGUAAUCUAGAGCAGACCCACAGGAAAAGGAGCCACACUGCCCCAGGAAAGGUCCAGAGGAAAGAAUGGGUGCAGGAUUCUGUCAGAAUUCGAACAGAAGAAGGACCAAGUUUGCUGAUCCCCCCAGAAAAGCACUACUCUGAGGAUUUUGAGCCCUAUGAAAGUGUAGUCAUGGAGAGCUCUAGUCAACGCUCGCCUCGUAGUCCCUGCUCCUUCAGCUCCAGGCCUGAGAGCCAAGGGGGCCAAGCAAAUCAGGAGCUCAGUGAGAAGGUACUGCUCAACCUUGAGGAAGUGAAGGUUCUGCGUCGAAGCCUGGAGGUUAGCAUGCGGCGGAGCCACCGCGGCUCGGCAGGGGAGGAGUCAGACGAGGAGUGGGUGGAGGAGCAGAUUGAGAGGGAGGAGAGCACUGAGAGUCUGGAUGAAUUGGGGCUGCCUCUCUCAUCCUCCAAGUCUUCCUCAAACCCUCGGCCCAGCGGCUCCCAUAGCCAUCUUGACUCAGCAAACCUCAUUGUCCUAGACUUUGGACCCUCACUUAAAGGGCGUAAGAUUGAACGUUCUCUGUCUGCCAAAAGGAAAGAGAACAUUGACAGCUUUAUACCUACCAAGCCUAUGUUGGUGAAGAGCAAAACAUUAGAUAGGCCACCUUCCAAAGACAGCUUGGAUGGCCAGAGGCCAUGGAGUCGAGUGGAGAGGCCCCUGUCAGCAGCCAGAAAGGCUUCAGUUGAGGAGCGGGACCCAGAGGAGAAGGCAUGCAUGGUGCGCCAGGCCAUCCAGAGAGAAAACAACCCUGUGCAGAGUCCUGAGCUCUUCACCCGCAACAUGGGCAGGGGACACCAGAUGAUGAAUGGCUUAGUGCACCACAACAGCCACGACAAAGAUGAUAACAUUGUCACUUUGGCCAUGCAAAGAAUCACGCUUAUGGGCCAAAGGCAACAACAGAAACUGCUGAAAGCCUUGGAGAAACUUGAAACAGGGCCCAGCUACAACAUUGCUCCGAGUGUCAAAACAGACUAUAGCAAGCAGCCGACAAGGCAGUCCUCAUCAGAGGUCACUCCUGCAUUGUAUGUUACCAUGGAGAUCCUGUCAAACUGGGGGAACGCUUUGCAGGUUGGGUUGACUGAGUUGCAGUUCAUCUGCCUCAGAAACAAGAAGCUGUAUGUAUCGCCUCAUGACCUAGACAUCAGGAACGCUGACUACCCCGGGAAUCUGGGGGCGCUUGUCAAUGGAAAGGUUAAGACCACCAAAGAGCGUCACAUGUGGACGUGUCCGUUUCACCCACCCAUCCAGCUCUACUUCAUCAUCAGGAACACAGAGCGCUCGGCAGACUUUGGAAUAUCUCGCAUCAAAAUCUGGAACUACAACAGAAGCCUUAAUGAUCUUGAUAUUGGUGCGCGGCAUAUAAAGCUGUACCUUAACAGCACAUUGGUGUUUGAAGGUGAGCUGGAGAAGGGCUGCGGGAACCAGGUCUUUGACUACAGCACCACAAUUGACCUCCAGGAUUUCCAAGUCUCAGACUCCUUGUUUUCCAGCCCUGUGUCUUCAGGACACAAUCUACGGGGUGCCAGCCCCCAGUGCCAUGAGGACAGGAGGGGUGGGGACAGCAGCAACACCCAGCGACACCAUAGUUCUAAUCCUCAGCCAUCAGACAUAGCCAGCCAGGCUAUGAUAGAGAUGCAGGAGAAAUCACAUUCACUGCUACCACCCAUCACUCCUUCACCAGUGGGGGUUUCAUCCUCUGCUCGUCGCUCCUCCACAGAAAGAGACGCUUUUGACCUGUCUGCCUCAGAACAGCCCCUCUCUCUCAGGCAGCAGGUGGAGCAGCCCACACCAAUGGAGCUAACAGUAACCACCCAGCCGUCCUCCUCACGGGUGGCCCCGCAAUGGCUGCAGCCCCUGAACAGAGGAGCUCCAGAGGGCUGCGAGGCCAGCAGAGAGAGGCCCCGGUGGCUGGUGCCUCAGCACUCUGCAGAACCCAAAUCUCCGACUGCCUCGUCCUCUUCAAUGCUCCCGGAGCUGCCGUGUAACCCAGGCCGAGUGUGUAGGGGGAUGGAGAGGACAAUGAACGGGGGUCAGUGUAAGGUUAACUCCCUGGACCUGAGCUGCGACCUACUGGAGGAGCUCGGGGAGCCAAAGCCAGACAGGCCCAUUAGCGGGCGCAGGAGCUCAUUCCGAAACACAGCAGUCACUGGUAGGCAGACAGAGGAGCAGCACCUCAGAGCUUCUGUACUGUCAAACACAGAGGAGCCGAUGUCACUGGUGAACACCAGCAGGAGGCAGUGCAGCUCUCGUGCUCAGCUGCACAGCCAACAGGAUGAUACCCUCAUGGAGUCCUGGGACUCUCUCACUAAGUUCAACCAAUGCCAACGUGGACGCAUCUCCAACAUGGGCUUUGAAGGUGACAUCUUUGAUGAGUUCCUCCAGCGCCAGGGCCGUGGUCCACCCACAGUCCCUGGCAACCCCUCUACAGCACCCAGGAGCCCACUUUCCUCCUUGACCACUCAGGGGGCACUGUGUGAAGGCCCUGAUGAUGAUCCAUCCAUGGAGCGGGAGGAUGAGUUUGAGAUCCCCGUGCUGCCCCAGGGCCAAAGGCUAGUCAUCAACAUCCUGUCCACCUGGGGCGAUCGCCACUAUGUGGGCCUCAAUGGCCUUGAGGUGUUCAGUUCCAGUGGAGAGCCCUUACAGCCUGCUCACAUCCGUGCUGACCCUCCAGACAUCAACAUUCUCCCUGCGUACGGUAAAGAUCCACGUGUGGUCACUAACUUGAUUGAUGGCGUCAAUCGUACCCAGGAUGACAUGCAUCUUUGGCUGGCACCGUUCACUCCUGGUCGUAGCCACACCAUCUUCCUGGACUUUGGAGGCCCCUAUCAGGUGGCCAUGAUCCGAGUGUGGAACUACAACAAGUCACGCAUUCACUCCUUCCGAGGGGUGAAGGAGGUGGAGAUGCUGCUGGAUGGAAGGUGCAUUUUCAGGGGUGAGAUUGCCAAGGCCUCUGGGACCCUGUCUGGAGGACUGGACCAAUUCGGUGACACUAUCCUGUUCACCACUGAUGACGAGAUCCUGGAGGCCAUGUCUCGUUACGACGAAACCUUCCUAGGUGAAGGUGAGGGCCCCGAGGGCCUGGUGUGUGAGGAGGAACUGCAAAGGCCACGCACCGCUGAUGGAGAGGGAGAGGAAAGACCCUUCACACAGGCCGGUUUCCGAGAGGAAGACCUCAAACUGAAACUCCACCUCAACCCCAGUUUGAGCCAGUCUGAGGAGAACAUGGAGCAUAAUCCUGGGAUGUACACUGGAAAGUGCCUUAGACUAGAGCUGGUGUUGACCUGGGGGGACUCCCACUACUUGGGCAUGACAGGAUUAGAGGUGGUGGGGAAAGAUGGAGAGAGUUUACCUUUAGACCUCAGUAUGUUGGCUGCCUCACCCAGGGACCUGAAUGACCUGCCUGAUUACAGACACGACCUGCGCACACUUGAUAAGCUCAUAGAUGGCAUCAAUAUUACCAAUGAUGACCAGCACAUGUGGCUGAUCCCUUUCUCCUAUGGAGAGUCCCACACCUUGAACGUGACGUUCAGCAAGGCCCAGACCAUCGCCGGACUUCGUAUCUGGAACUACAACAAGUCCCCUGAGGACUCAUACAGAGGGGUGAAGGUGAUCCAUGUGUUCAUGGAUGAUGUUGCCAUCUCCCCAUCGGAGGGAUUCCUGAUCAGGAAAGGACCAGGCAAUUGUCACUUUGACUUUGCCCAGGAGAUCCUCUUUUUAGACUUCCUCCAGACGCCCAGCAACAACAAGAAUGCAGAGGACUACCCCAAAGGAAACUCUAAGAAACAAGAACAGGCCAGCAUGGACUAUGAAGCUCCCAUCAUGCCUUGUGGGUUCAUCUUUCAGCUGCAGCUGUUAACAACCUGGGGGGACCCGUACUACAUCGGGCUCAAUGGCCUCGAAUUUUAUGACCAGAACCAUGAGAAGAUCAGUCUCAGUGACAACAACAUAGCUGCUUUUCCAGACAGUGUGAAUGUACUGGACAAUGUGAGCGGUGAUGUGAGGACUCCAGAUAAAUUAAUAGAUGGAGUCAACAGUACCCACGAUGGAAGACAUAUGUGGUUAGCCCCGGUGCUCCCUGGACUGGUGAACCGUGUGUACGUCAUCUUUGAUCAGCCAGUGACGGUGUCCAUGAUCAAACUUUGGAACUACUCAAAGACAACACACAGGGGAGUAAGGGAGUUUGGGCUGCUGGUGGACGACCUCCUGGUGUAUAACGGCAUCCUGGACAGUGUAAGCCAUGUGGCACACGGCAUUCUGCCCACCUGCGAUCCAGUGGUGCCCUACCACACCAUCCUGUUCACAGACAAUGCCUACAUCACACAGCGUGAGAGGAACACUGUCAUCAGCCCCCGUGGCAGAAGACACCACCAACAUAAUUACGUGGAGGAUCAGGAUGUGAAGAUGACCAAUGAGAAUCAGAUAGUCCAUCACAACAAGAAGAAGCAGACAGCAGAUCCAGCUCUUCGGCCUAAAACCUGCAUGACUGAUGGUGGGAAACACGGAAAGAGGAGGUACUGACAGACGAGCAGACAGACAGGGGUCAUACGAAGAGAGCAGAACUGAAAGGGACGAACUAUGGCUCACUUUUUAAGCCCACUUUUAGGUGGGUGACAUGAAAAACCUUCCUCACAUUAAGACCCAAAGCUGACACCUGGCCAUGUUCCACACUGAAGAGGACCUUGCUCAGAUAACAAUGGUUUUGCACACACGCACACACACACACACACACACACACACACACACACACACACACACACACACACACACACACACACACACACACACACACACAGGAUUCCACUUUAUGGUUGGAUUACUCCCCUUUCCCUUGCUGUGAAAACACGCCCACCCAGAUACACGUUAUCCUGUACUGUAUGGUUGUCCCGGUUGUCCCUUCCACAGUGCCAGGAUAAACCUGUGAGGCUGCAUUUUUUUAUCAGCCCUAUUAUUGUGCCUAGUACUAAACACUAUAUCUGUGGCUGCUACUUGUGUCUUUCGUGCUGCAUAUUUAAAUGCUGCUUAUGGCGUGUAAAUACUUAAAAAGAAAAAAAAAAGCUCCAAGGCCACAUGAAUACACUCUCACAUCAGGAUGUGGCCGAUGCUACAUUUACUAAUGACUUUUAUCCACUGAUGAGCCUAGACGAUCAGCUCUUUGCCUAGUGGGUAUUAGAACUGACUCCCGCCAGUGCACCAACCAAUCGUAACGCUAUGCAGACACUAAUUUAUAUCUAUUAAUAAUUUAUAUCUGUUGGCUAAUAUAUUUCAAAGCCUAAUGGUUUUACUUGGGGAGGUGAUUCCAGACAGGUUUUCACCUUUUUGGAACAUUUAUAUCGAUGGCUAAAGUGGUACACUUGUAGUUGUAAAACAGUGCAGUGGUCAGAUUUUUGUAGAAGCUUCAGACUAACCACUUCAACAAUAAUUUGGCUUCACAAAAUUAGGUCAGUUGAUUAACAUCAGGUAGAAAAAAAGUGAGUUGUUUGCAAUCCAAGUGACCUUUAUGGAAGUUGCUAUAAAAGGUAGAUUGUUUUGGAGGCAAACAUUUUUUGAGCCAAUAAAGCAGUCUUGGUAAUUUGGUUGGAAAUCGAAAAAAAAAUCUAGAUUUGCCAGUUUAGAUUUUGAGUAGAUUCAUUAACAGGAAACUUUUAAUAUGCAAAUACUAUAACCUUACCUCAAAUUAAGAAGAAUGAUCUUUAAAAAGGGAUUUAUCUGAUUCUACCUUCAUUAUAAUACUUGGUAGUUGGUGUUGUAUUCUUCAUUCAUUCACUAUUUACUAUACUAACAUGUUGCAUGAGAAAGUCUCGUCAUCAUCCUUACAGUGUUAGAUACUUUUAUUUGGAGGAGUUUAUACUGCUUCAUUAAGCCCCAAUAUAAACUAUUUAACACUCCUUGCUCAUGGCGGGAGUAAUUGUAUAUGAAAUGCAGUUUUAUGUAUUUAAUUUCCGUGCGUCCGACAGCAACAGUAGUCAUUACUCUGAAACUCAGUCCUGCUCUGUAGGGUGGUGGCUAUUAUUGUAUGUGUGACAUUUAGUGUUUUGAAAUAUUUAAUUAUUUUUCUAAUCUUGAUUAAAUAUGUAUAUUUGAUGUAGGUUUAUUUGAAUGAAUAAAAAUCUAAAAACAUA